AUGAUCACAAGUUUGAACAAUGGACCUCGUACAGCAUGUGUUUAUGCAGACAGUUCCCAUGACAAAGAUGUGAUUCUGAGUACCCUGAGUAUUCUCACAAAUCUUCUUUCAGUUGGGACAAACAGGAGAGUCCAGUACACUAUUAGCAAAGGGGGUAGUGAAGCCCUUUUGCAGGCAUUGGUGAAUGCGGCACGAACUUCCAUACCAGACUAUGACAUCUUGUUACCUCUGUUGCGCUUGCUGGUCAAAAUAGGCUGUAAAGAUAAGAAGUUUGGACUAAAAGCACAACGUCUGGAGGCAGUUGAUGUAACCCUCAGCUUGGCACGAAAAAAUCUUAACCGCCAUGAGAAUCUCACCCAUUGUCUCUGGGCACUGCAGAUUUAUGCUUCUACUGUUACAGUAGGAACUAUGUUGGGCAUUAAUGGAGCAAUGGACUUGCUUUUCCAAGUUAUCACACCAUAUACCAAGAAGCAUACCAUCACAACAAGGGCAGCGGUUGAAGCUCUGGCAGCUUUGUUAAAAUCAAAGUCUAACAGUCGCCGAGCUGUACACAGAGGCUAUGUUUGUCAGUUGCUUCAGCUCUAUCAGGAUUGGCAUCAUCGAGACACUUUCAAUAACUACAUUUUAAUCCGGAGGGGUCUUUUGCUUUGUCUCAAGCACAUCACCAAUGUCCGCUCUGGGAGAGAAAGUUUCCUUCUUGUUCAUGGCAUGGAGAUUCUCUUCAGAACAACUCAGGGCAGCCUGUUUAGCAAGGAUCUGGACCCUAUCGUCAAUACAGUGACUCAGAUCCUUAGGAAAACCUAUCCAAAGACGCCCCUUCCUUCAGCUGCAGUUAGCAGUUCCUAUUCCUUUCCCAUUCCUGGGAGAACGGAAUCUUCACUUCCCAGGCUUGAAGAUUAUUUUGAUGAAGAUGCUGAGGAGGAUAUUGAGAAAGACUUUGAUAAUGAAGAUGCUGAGAAUAAGGAGGAAGAUGAUGAUCUAGAGAAGGAUAUUGACAAGCUCCUAUCUAGGCCAGAGCUUGACCGGCCAGAAUCGGAACUGAAGCAAUAUAAGGUCAUGUGUCCUGAACUUCAAUAUAACUUUCAGGAGAAGGAAUUGGAGUCUGAAGAUGAGCUGAGUUCUGAGGACAUCCCUGGAACCUUGACACUUUCCUGCCUCCAUGUCAUUCCAUGUGCUACUUCCCUGAAGCACCUGCUCAAAUGUAGAGAAGGGGACCAAAGUAUAGAAGAAGAAAAGCAGACCCAAAGGGCUUCAGAAAAGACAGUACACAGAGAGGAAAGAAAAGAGAAACCUCAAGAACUUGGAAAAAGAACUCUUGGUGAAUCAGAGCCUUUGGUGACUUCUUUCAGAGAAGGCACCCUCUCCAGUAAGGGUCAUAUAGCCCAAGAAGAAUUACAGAACAGGCAGAUGUCCCAGUCCCAGCAUAUGAAGUCCUGUAGGCCUGGCUGCCAGGAGAGCAUGGAAGCUUCUGAAGUGGUCACAAAGCUUUUGGAAAGGCAUCCCAGGAAUAUCCCUUUUCACAAUCCCUGGUUCUUUAUGACAAGGGCUAGCUGCACCCGAUCCAUUCCAGAGUACAGAGUAUUGGCAUUCCCAGAUCUCUGGGGUCAUCAACCCCCUCCUUACAGCCAGCCUUUACAGCAAAGGAGAUGUGGUAUCCAAAAGGCCAAAAUAUUUGAAGACAUCCGCCGUGUGGUCCAACCAGCAGAUAUAAUCAAGCGAGUUGUCUUUGAUUUAGACAGUUCUGGUUCUUUACAUUCAGAUGAACCGAACUGCUUAAAGUUCUUUUCCAGAUUCGAAUCUGGGAAUCUCCGCAAAGCCAUCCAAGUGCGGGAGUAUGAAUAUGAUUUGAUCCUCAACCCUGACAUCAAUGGCUCCCAAUACCAUCAGUGGUUCUACUUUGAGGUCAGUGCCAUGAAGUCUUCCAUCCCAUACCGCUUCAAUGUUAUCAACUGUGACAAGCCAAACAGCCAGUUUAAUUUUGGUAUGCAACCAGUCAUGUAUUCAGUGAAGGAAGCUCUGCAGGGCAGACCUCACUGGAUUCGGGUGGGCUAUGAUAUCUGUUAUUACAAAAACCACUACCGAAACUGUCUGGCAGCGGCGGCAGGAGGUCCACGCGGGAGGUCAUGCUAUACACUCACCUUCAGCCUUGUUUUCCCUCACAAAGAAGAUGUUUGCUACCUGGCCUACCAUUAUCCAUACACCUACUCUACCAUGAUGGCUCACCUUGACAUCUUGGAGCAAACCAGGAAUAGAAAGAAAGUCUUUUUCAGGAGGCAGACCCUCUGUCAUGAUCUAACAGGAAAUUCAUGCCCUCUUCUUACUAUCACUGCCAUGCCUGAAUCAGAAAGCAGGGAUGACCUGAAGCAGUUCCGUGACCGUCCUUACGUUGUGCUCAUGGCACGGGUCCACCCUGGUGAGAGCAAUGCCAGCUGGGUAAUGAAGGGGACUCUGGAGUUCCUCCUCAGUAGCGACCCACUUGCUGAUCUCCUGCGGCAAUGCUUUAUCUUCAAGAUUAUCCCCAUGCUGAAUCCAGAUGGAGUCAUCAAUGGCCACCAGCGGUGUUCCUUGAGUGGUGAUGACUUGAACAGGCAAUGGCUGAGCCCCAGUCCUGUGUAUCACCCCACCAUUUAUCACACCAAGGGCCUUCUUUAUUACCUCAAGAGCCAAGGACGAGUUCCAGUGGUGUUUUGUGAUUACCAUGGCCACUCCCAGAGAAAGAAUGUCUUUCUAUAUGGAUGCAGCAUAAAGGAGACUCUCUGGCAGGGAGGAUGUACAGUAGACACAUCCAAGGUCACCGAGAACGUUGGCUAUCGGACUCUGCCGAAGAUCUUGGAUAAAGUGGCUCCUGCAUUUCUCAUGAGUAGCUGCAGCUUCUUGGUGGAGAAGUCACGUGACUCCACGGCCCGAGUGGUGGUUUGGCGGGAAAUAGGAGUGCUGCGGAGCUACACCAUGGAAAGCACGUACUCUGGAUGUAGCCAUGGACUCUAUAAGGGACUCCAGAUGGGAACGUCAGAACUGGAAGAGAUGGGUGCCAAGUUCUGCGUUGGACUUCUGGUCCUUCAGCUGAAAUCCCUGCCAUGCAGCGAGAAGGUGAUGGCCCAGGCAGAGACUCUUUUGGACCCAGAAGAGGAAAUUGCUGAUCUCCAUGCACAAAGAAGCAACAACAACUGCAGCCUGGAGACUGAUGAUGAACUUCCCUAUGGGGAUGAAGUGGAUUAUAACACUGAUAGUUGCUCUGAUCAAGAAGCAGACUUUUUGGACGUGGACAGAGAAAUCCAGGAAUGUCCCUUAAAGGGUUGAAAGUCGAAAAACCGAAGCAGAGGCCAACAUAGGUGGAUGGAUACCCCUUCCUUCCCCUCUUCCAGCUCUGAAGGAGACUUCUGUUUCUAGCCAGUGAGCAGCCAGACUCAAACUUGUCCCACCACACUGCUCUGGGCCUUCAGUGGAAACUGGGGACAGGGCUGAACACCAAGUUCCCAGCAAAGAGGAAGCAGGUCGUCACUUCAUCUGCUGCUAUUCUAGUGACAACUAAAGCCUGAGACGCAUUGCUCUUCAGAACAGAUUCCCCCACUUUUUUUCUCUUUCUUUUUGCUGUUAAUAGUGUGAUGUCAUAGAAGGAGAGGGAGGGAGGGAGUUUUGUUUUGUAUCAGUUAGACCUCUGUGUAAAUGACCUUCAGCAUGAUCUUCACUGUGAUCAGAAAAGGUUUGGCAGGAUGGGAUUGUUAUAGUAGGUCCUCUCAAGGGUAGUCAAAUCCUUUAAUCAUUUCUCAGCAGUUACGGCCUCCAUUUGCACCAUUCAGUGGCAUGUCCUUCCUUCUGCCAUUGCAACUAUUAGCAACAACUAAUGGGAAGAAAAUGCCAAACGAUGGGAGGGUAAAAAGUGUCAGAGUGUAUUUUACAAAGGGGUCUUCAGUUUUUAUGGGGUGUGUGUGAAAGGAAGGGAGACAGAUUCUUAGUGAUGUGUCUUCUUAUGGAGAUAUAUGGCACAGCAUAUGUUCCAUGGUAGAGCAAAUAUUUUGGUUGCAGAAAGCUCCCAGUUCAAUCUCUGACA